ACGUUCCAGCCCCAAACUAGAGCUAGCCGGUGACUGAGCGCUGUCUUGGUUGGCUCGUAGCCGCUUUGGGCCGCCGGUAACGAACCCGGGAGCAAGCGGUCCUGUGAAAAAGCAGUCUGGCUCCCGAGGUCCACUCCCUACACCCCAAGGUCCAGAUGGCGGCCAACGUGGGUGAUCAGCGCAGCACAGAUUGGUCUUCGCAGUACAGCAUGGUGGCUGGGGCCAGCAGAGAGAAUGGCAUGGAGACUCCCAUGCACGAGAACCCAGAGUGGGAGAAGGCCCGCCAGGCCCUGGCCAGCAUCAGCAAAGCAGGGGCUGCCAGCAGCUCCAAAGCCAGCACCAGUGGGUCUGUGGCUAAUGCACAAUAUGUCUCUCAGGCAGAAGCCUCAGCCUUGCAGCAGCAGCAACAGUACUACCAGUGGUAUCAGCAAUACAACUACGCCUAUCCUUACAGCUACUACUACCCCAUGAGCAUGUACCAGAGCUACGGCUCCCCCUCCCAGUAUGGGAUGGCCAGCUCCUACAGCUCAGCUGCAGCCCAGCAGCCAGCGGCUCCCCAGCACCAAGGGACUCUGAACCAGCAACCUCCUGUGCCUGGCAUGGAUGAGAGUAUGGCCUACCAGGCUUCCCCUCAGCAGCUACCUACAGCCCAGCCCCCUCAGCCCUCAAAUCCCCAACAUGGGACACAUGGUCUAAGCAACGGCCCUCAGCCCGGAACAGCCCCAGCCACUCAGCACAGUCAGCCAGGGGCACCUACAGGUCAGGCCUAUGGGCCACACAGCUAUAGCGAGCCUGCCAAGCCCAAGAAGGGUCAGCAGUUGUGGACACGCAUGAAACCUGCUCCUGGAACUGGAGGUCUCAAGUUCAACAUACAGAAGCGGCCCUUUGCUGUCACCAACCAGAGCUUCAGCUCCAAUGCAGAAGCUCAGCACAGCAGCUUUGGCCCCCAGCCCAACUCUGAGAAAGCUCAGAACCACAGUGGUCCUUCUGGCCGGGGAAACCUGUCUGGGAAGCCAGAUGAUUGGCCUCAGGAUAUGAAGGAAUAUGUGGAGCGGUGCUUCACAGCCUGUGAGUCAGAAGAGGACAAGGACCGGACAGAGAAGCUGCUCAAGGAGGUGCUACAGGCCCGGCUCCAGGAUGGCUCUGCCUACACCAUCGACUGGAGCCGAGAGCCUCUGCCUGGACAAUCUUGGGCUUGGUCCCUUUCCUGCACCACAGUGGCUGAGUUGCCGGGACUGACCAGGGAGCCUGUGGCUGAGAGCCCCAAGAAGAAGCGGUGGGAGGCCCCUAGCAGCCUUCACCCUUCCAGGGGGGCAGGCUCUGUGACCAGGGGCGGGGGUGCCCAAUCCCAGCGAGGGACACCUGGGGCUGGGGGUGCUGGCCGAGCUCGGGGUAGCAGCUUCGCCAAGUUCGGCAACCGCAACGUCUUCAUGAAGGAUAACAGCUCUUCCUCCAGCACGGAUUCGCGCUCCCGCUCCUCAUCCAGGUCCCCCACCCGACACUUCCGGAGAAGUGACUCCCACUCGGACUCUGACAGCUCCUACUCAGGGAACGAGUGUCACCCUGUAGGCCGCAGGAACCCACCCCCGAAAGGUCGGGGUGGUCGAGGGGCCCACAUGGAUCGAGGUCGAGGCAGGGCGCAGCGUGGAAAGAGACACGACCUAGCUCCCACCAAACGCAGCCGCAAGAAGAUGGCAGCACUGGAAUGUGAAGACCCAGAACGUGAGCUUAAGAAGCAAAAGAGGGCAGCCCGCUUCCAGCAUGGUCAUUCACGCCGCCUGCGCCUUGAACCUUUGGUGCUGCAGAUGAGUAACCUGGAAAGCAGUGGAGCUGAUCCUGACUGGCAGGAGCUGCAGAUUGUGGGCACCUGUCCUGAUAUCACAAAGCACUAUCUGCGGCUCACCUGCGCCCCAGACCCAUCAACUGUGCGACCUGUGGCUGUUUUGAAGAAGUCUCUGUGCAUGGUCAAGUCCCACUGGAAGGAGAAGCAGGACUAUGCCUUUGCCUGUGAGCAGAUGAAAUCUAUUCGGCAGGAUCUGACAGUGCAAGGCAUCCGGACCGAGUUCACUGUGGAGGUGUAUGAGACUCAUGCCCGCAUUGCCUUGGAGAAGGGUGACCACGAAGAAUUCAACCAGUGCCAAACACAGCUUAAGUCGUUGUAUGCUGAAAACUUGGCAGGAAAUGUGGGUGAAUUUACUGCGUACCGAAUCCUCUACUACAUAUUCACCAAGAACUCUGGAGACAUCACUACGGAGCUGGCAUACCUCACGAGGGAGCUGAAGGCAGACCCCUGUGUGUCCCAUGCAUUGGCACUGAGGGCAGCCUGGGCCCUGGGCAACUACCACCGCUUCUUCCGACUCUAUUGUCAUGCACCUUGCAUGUCUGGCUACCUUGUGGACAAGUUUGCAGACCGGGAACGCAAGGCCGCUCUCAAGGCCAUGAUCAAAACGUAUGUGGCACUGCACUCUGCCGCCUUCUGUGCUGUGGCUCUGCCACAUCCCCUCCACAUCCUGGUCAGCCUUCAGCUCCUCUGCUGGAGUCUUCUCCCAAUCUCUAUCCACACCCCUGGCCCUUGUUCCUUUCCUCCUCGGCCACCUUCAGUUCCAGGUUUUCUCCCACUGUUUUUACCUCACUGCUCCUGGUAUCAUGUUCUUCUCCUAUACUCCUCUUCUGUUCACAUCAGCUUACAACCUGGUUUGUCUUCCCCUUCUUCCAGGCCUGCCUGCAGCUACUUGCUGCUCUUUUUCCUGACAUAUUGUAAAGGUGGCCUGACUCCUAUUGCCAGCAGUCUCUUGAUCUGAGGCCUUGUGCCCAUUCCAUUCUUGAGUAUCAAAAUUCUUUUGGACUGGGGGAUGGUGGUGUUGUAGGGCCCUUGGGCAUCAGACAACAUGAGGUUUGCCCAUGUGGGUAAGAGAUCCUCUCGCCCUUGUCACACGGAUAUGGAUGCUGUUGCCAUCUUGUGGCUAGAGACCGGGGAUGCUGUGCAACAAAAGGCCCCACAGCAAUGUAUGCCAGUCUUGCCAAGGUUGAAAAACACGUGGUCAAGAGGUCUGUCAGGAGUCUCAAGGAGCCUUGAAUGCCAUGCUAGGUAGCAGUGCUUUUUUAAUUAAAGUAGGAUGAGGCUUGCAACCAGUGGGUUAGGAAACGUCCUAGGAUUUUUAAUCAGUUCAACUCAUCCUUUCAUAGUCUGGUAGACCGCUCAGUGGGCAGCUCUCAAGCCUCAGUAGUGUAAGUAAGUAACACUUAAUCUGUUCACAGUCAGCCUUGUUAGCUGCGCAGCACACUGGUUCUUGUGAGUGGGGCUCUGGUCCAUGUUGACUUCAUUCUUAUGUGGUGUCUUUUCUGUGAACUUGGCACAGCCAUUCUUGGCAGACAAGUCCCUCAAAUCCCAGGCUGCCGCUGCCCUGUCCCGGGCAAUUAGUACCCAAUUAGUUGCAACCAUAAGGCACUGCUGAGUGUGAUACUCUGCAAACAUUCUGGGGGGAGGGGCACCAUUGUCCCUACCCUAUGAGCCCAUGUACCACUUACUCUGUCUGGCUCCAGCCCCUCAGCCAGCAGAGGAGCCAGCGGGGCCCAUUCCCUCCUGCCCCCCUCCUACCUGGACAGGUAAGUGUGGGCGAGGGGGGUCACAGCUGGGCAUUGGGGCUACCAACCCCAUCCCCGGCCCCCCCUCAAGUCCCUACAUGGGGAAGUUUGGAGGGGCUGCAAAAGCCAGCAGGUUCCUUGCUGAGGAAAAUGUGUGCCCAGAUGGGGAGCAUUGCUCCCUGCUCUUGGGCCCUCCCUUGUCUGCUUGCCUCAUCAUUUUCUCCUCUUGUCUCCAUAGCUUCCGCCCUGCGCUGCCCGUCUCCUACCUGCAGGCCGAGUUGGCCUUCGAGGGCGAGGCCGCCUGCCGGGCCUUCCUAGA